CAUUUAUCUUUACCACUGCUUUACCAUUUCGGAUUUUUCUAUUUAUCAAAAAUCACAGAUCAAAUUUAACAACUUCAAACCGAAAGAUAUUUUUAGCAUUUCGUGACUGAAAGUAAUCUAGAGUUUCCUAUAAUUACCAGUUGAUACAAUAAUGACUGAGGCUGAUAAAAAGUUUGAUCUAAGUCAUCUUAUUCCUAGUCCUCUAAUCACGAAGAGAACUAGAACGAAUUCAACGUGUGAACGAAUUGUAAAAACUAAAAAUCUGUAUGGCGAAGUAAAGCUGUUUUGCAGAGAAAAAGGCCAUGGUUUUAUUACUCCUGAAGAUGGUAGCGAAGACCUAUUUGUCCACAUCUCAGACAUUGAAGAUGAAUUUAUACCGGUACCUGGAGAUAGAGUACAGUAUCAGCUUUGUCCAAUUCCUCCAAAGUAUGAAAAGUUCCAAGCAGUUCAUGUGCAUAUAGUGAAUCUCAAACCUGAGAUACAUAAAAGAUGGGAGCAAAACUAAUAAGUAAUUGUUAUGCUCUCUUGUUUUACAUCUGUUAAAAUUUAAAUAUUGUAACUAACCAGUGGUAGGUUUAGGGCAUGACUGGCUUUCUUUAAUUUUUUUAUUUGGCAUUAAACAAUAGCAUUGUAAGAGUAUUAGCAUUUAAAAUGAAACAGGUUAUAUUUCUGGUUUAGCAUUAAUCAACUAUAUUAAUUAUUUUGUAUAUAUUAGGAUGUUUUAGAAUGGAACAUCUUUUUAAUGUUUACUUGAAUAAUAAAUAAAGGCUCAGAAUAUUUCUUCAAUGUUUAUACAUGUAAUAAACUGAUAUGUUUAUGUUAAACUAGAUAUAAUUAUUUUUAACAACUAGUAUUAUAAGCUUCUAUCUAUUCAACUGAAGUUAAUUUUAUAUUUCGUCCAACAGCUUGAGUAAAUUGAGAAUUACUUGGUUGAAUUGAAAUUGGCUAUAGUUUUUGCUGACUGAAACACUGUUACAAAUGCAUUUAUGUUACUUAUAGUUUUUAAUACUAUGUAAGAUAAAUUUUCAUAAUACAAGUUUAUUUAAUUAUUUUUGAAUAAAUAUGGAGUUUUAA